CUACAGCAUCAUUUGAGUUUUAUCAACUUAACUGAAUACAUCAUCUAAAAAGUGAAGUUAACCAACAAAUAAUUAUCUUUCAAAACUAACGAAAACAUUUUAUGUGUCAAUGAAUAACCGCGCCGACACUAAAGCCAAGUUAAACGCUAAUUUGAGUCUCUCCAAACAUUUGUCAUCCAAAAAAGGUUCAAGAACCUCCAACUGCGGUAAUCGUCUGGAAUUUUCAGUACUUACUCUCAUACAAAGCGUGCCCUGAUUAAAUUUUAAUAAAAACAACUGUUUCAAUAUGGUCCAUAAUCGUUCUUCUCGCAAAUCAUGCCCCGUCAUGGAUGUCAGCCCAUCACGCCAUACAUUAACUGCUUCGGUCAAUAAAUAUGAAUUGUCAUCUAGUCCACGCAUUGGCUAUAAACUGGAGGUGCCCAGCCGUCCAGUGGGUAGCUCUGGUUCAUCAUCUAGUCAAUGGCAUUACAAUAACAUGGUGAAUAAUAAUCGUCAAGAGUUCAAUAAUUUACAUUUCUGUUAAAUCAUUCGGUGUUUUGUUUUCAAUUCCACCCUACUCUUCAAAUAAAGAAAAUAAUUGAUUAAUCAAACUGAAA